AUGCCUGCUCGUCGCCCCUUCAUCGGCGGUAACUUCAAGUGUAACGGCUCUCUUGACUUUAUCAAGAGCCACGUGGCGGCAAUUGCUGCCCAUAAGAUCCCUGAUUCCGUGGACGUCGUCAUUGCCCCUUCCGCCGUACACCUGUCAACAGCCAUUGCGGCAAACACGUCAAAACAGUUGAGGAUAGCAGCGCAGAAUGUGUACCUAGAGGGGAACGGGGCGUGGACUGGCGAGACAAGUGUUGAGAUGCUUCAGGACAUGGGUUUGAAGCAUGUGAUAGUAGGGCACUCUGAAAGACGCAGAAUCAUGGGGGAGACCGACGAGCAAAGCGCCAAGAAGGCUAAGCGUGCCCUGGAAAAGGGGAUGACGGUCAUCUUCUGCGUCGGAGAGACCUUGGACGAGCGCAAGGCCAACCGCACCAUGGAGGUGAACAUCGCCCAGCUUGAGGCGCUUGGCAAGGAGCUCGGAGAGUCCAAGAUGCUCUGGAAGGAGGUUGUCAUUGCUUACGAGCCCGUGUGGUCCAUUGGCACGGGCGUGGUGGCCACGCCCGAGCAGGCAGAGGAGGUCCAUGUGGGGCUCCGAAAGUGGUUUGCGGAGAAGGUUUGUGCCGAGGGCGCACAGCAUAUCCGUAUCAUUUACGGGGGAUCGGCCAAUGGAAGCAACUGCGAGAAGCUUGGCCAGUGUCCGAAUAUUGACGGCUUCCUUGUCGGUGGCGCUUCCCUCAAGCCGGAGUUUAUGACGAUGAUCGACAUUCUUACGAAGACCCGUACAUAG